GUGACAUCCCACAUCCAAGUACUAUUAUCAUGCCCGGCGCACCAUCUAUUUCUACGAAGUCAGACAAGGAUUUUCCGAGGAAUAUACCGGCUCCUCAGGCCUUCUCUGACCCAUACGAACAACGAGCCUUCUUGAAAUUUCGCCUGGCUCAAGCGUAUCGUAUCUUUGCAAAGUACGGCUAUGAUGAAGGUGUCGCUGGACAUAUUACUGUCCGGUCACCACAGGGUGUUCACUUCAAGCUCAUGCAACCUGAGCUCCUCCUUCUCGCGGCAUACAUGAUCCAUUCAGCAGUUCAUGAGGCUCGCCCAGAUAUUCUCUGUGCUGCGCAUUCGCACACUAUACAUGCUAAGGCGUUCAGCGCCCUUGGGGUGCCCCUUGAUCCCAUUACUCAGGACAGCUGUGCAUUUUAUAAGGAUCUUUCUUUAUAUACCGAAUUUCGUGGCAUCGUUGAGGACCAUAAGGAAGGUCAGGCUAUAGCGGCUGCUAUGGGUUCAAGCAAGGCUGUUAUCCUCCAGAACCACGGGAUCCUUGUCGCCACCAAGUCGAUCGAAUCUACCGUUUUCUUUUUCAUGUCUUUGGAAAAGUGCUGCCAGGUUCAAAUGUUAACGGACCAGGCCGCCGCCGCUCGCGGAAUGAAACCGCGUCUUAUUGACCCAGAAAAUGCAGCUGACACGCAUAGACACCUUGGAUCUGAGAUGGGGGGCUGGUUCAACGCGAUGCCCGAGUUUCAGCUCUUGGAGCACGAGGAAGGAAAGAGAUUCGAGUACUUACCUACGCAGUAGGAGAACAUGUAGUAGCUGACCUAUGUACCAAUACGAAGUCUUGAAGCACUGA